CCUUCUUCCUUCUUCUUCCACGCCCCGCAUCGCCGCCGCCGCCGGAGAGGGAGAGAGAGAGAGAGAGAGAGAGAGAGAGAGAGCGAGAGAUGAAGACGAUCUUGGCUUCGGAGACGAUGGAGAUCCCGUCGGGGGUGACGGUGCACGUGGCGGCGAAGGUGGUGACGGUGGAGGGUCCCCGUGGGAAGCUGACGCGCAACUUCAAGCACCUGAACCUGGACUUCCAGCUGCUGGAGGUGGAGGGGGUGAGGAAGCUGCAGGUGGACGCGUGGUUCGGCACCCGCCGCACCAUGGCCGCCAUCCGCACCGCCAUCUCCCACGUCCAGAACCUCAUCACCGGCGUCACCAAGGGCUACCGCUACAAGAUGCGCUUCGUCUAUGCCCAUUUCCCCAUCAACGCCUCCAUCACCAACUCCAACACCGCCAUCGAGAUCAGGAACUUCCUCGGCGAGAAGAAGGUGAGGAAAGUGGACAUGCUUGAGGGUGUGACAAUUUUGCGUUCUGAGAAGGUCAAGGAUGAGCUGGUCCUUGAUGGCAAUGAUAUCGAGCUUGUCUCCCGUUCUGCGGCACUGAUCAACCAGAAAUGCCACGUCAAGAACAAGGAUAUCAGGAAGUUCCUGGAUGGCAUCUAUGUCAGUGACAAGGGCACCAUCACUGAGGACCAGUGAGCUGCGUUUCCUUACUAGCUGUAGCAAAACCUGUCCUAGAGAGAGUGCACAAGGAACUUUUACUGCUCUGUUUUUGAGUCAAAUUACAAGGUCAUUCGACAAUGAAAUUUUGUACUACUGGGUUAGGAUGUUAUUAUGUAAUUGGAGCAUGUGCUCCUAUGGUAUCCGUAUUGUUUGUGAGAAUGUUUCUGUGCUUAUUUCUCUUGAUGGAUCUUUUUUACACCGUUGAAAGAACCUGCAACUUGGGUUAUUAUUAUCUCGCCCUCGUUGGUUCUGCUGCA